UCCCUUAAAAAAAAAUUAUCUUUUGAUUUAUGAAAUUUUGAUCUUGAAUUGAUGAUGCAGGUGCUCUAAAGUCUAACCUAAUGAUCUCGUGCUAUAUAUGUUGAUCAUGAUGAUAACAUUGAGAUAUAAUUUCACUCCAGCACAAACACUAAAUUUAGGCGUUUUGUAGUCCAGAGAAGGAAGCGCAUCUCGCCCAUGGCUUCCUCCGAUUCUCACCGCAACAAUGGCGAUCAAUUAGAAGAAGAGGAGGAAGAAGAAGAAUAUGAGGAAGUCGAAGAAGAAAUUGAAGAAGAAAUCGAAGUAGAAGAAGAAGAAGUCGAGGAAGAAGUAGAGGAAGAAUUCGAGGAAGAAGAAGAAUACGAAGAAGUUGAAGAAGAGGUUGAGGAAGAGGUUGAAGAAGAAGGAGAAGAGGUUAAAGAACCAGAACAAGAAGAGGUUGAAGAACCAGAAGAAGAGGUUGAAGAAGAAGAACCAGAAGAGGAGGAGGUUGAAGAUGUCGAGGAAGAAUUUGAAGAAGUUGAAGAAGAGGUUGAAGAAUUCGAGGAGGUUGAAGAGUAUGAGGAAGUUGAAGAAGAAGUAGAAGUCGAAGAAGAAGUGACAGACGAAGAAGAUGCAACAAUGGCGGAAGCCGAGGGCGAUGACGGAGAUAUAGCGGAAACUAUCAAUGCCAUAAUCGCUUCUGCAACAUCUGAUUUACCGAUUCCGAUUGAUGUCGACAAUGCGUGUAACGAUGGUAGACAAGAGCUGGAAUCCACAGGAGAUGAGGUGUGCUUGACAUCGGGACGUACAAGUGCUGUUAAGUCCGAAGCAAGUAUUAUACGUGGUAUCCAUGAUGGAAGAUGUUCCUCACCUGAAGUGCAGAAUGGGGAUGGAAAGGAGAUCUGUACUAUACAUGUUGGAAGUUCUGAAUCUCUGAAAUCACAUGAAUAUAUCGCUGGCUCUUCUAAUAAUGGAGUUGAUACUGUGAAAGAUAAGCAGGGCCUUCUGGAACAAGGAAUUUUAGUUUCUGCUGCAGAAGAAUAUGUUUCUGCUCCUGAUGCUGGGUGUGAUCAGCUGGGCAAGAUGGAGACAUCUGAUGUUGAGGAGUCCAGGAACCUUCUAGAGAAGGCAGAUCUUCAUUUUCCUUCAAGACAAGACAUAGGUGAAAAGGAAUCAAGAUCUUGUGUUCCCCAAGUGAGGCCAAGGAGCUUGUUACCUGAGGAUGAAAGUGAGGAUGGAAAUAAACGACCUGCAAUUAUUUGUGAAUAUUUCACUAAAGGUUGGUGCAUCAAAGGGGGUUCAUGUAGAUUUCUUCACAAGAGAGACCAUGUAGAUAAUGCUACACAAGUAGCGGAAGAUGUACCGCACACCAAAGGUGAGCUUUGGCCUGAGAAAGGUUCUGAAGAGAAUGCUACUGCUGAUGCUUCAGAUUUGCUUGCUUACAACCCACCAUUUUCUGUGGUGGAGAAUAUCAAUGAUUACUUGCGCAAUUCAACUGCAGGAAAAGAUAUUCGAAAAGAGCAUGGAGAAGGCUUCAGGUUGCGCAAACAUGAAGACAAGGAUAAAAGUGCUUUACUUGAGAGAAUGGUUUCAUCUUCCCAUGUGUCUGCUGAUUCCCAGAAAUCCUCUUCUUGUAAAGAUGGAUCUAGGUCAAUCUCUACCCACAGGGAGGUAGAAGCAGAAAUUUUUAUAGAGAAUCGCUCAUCUAAUUAUCAUGAGGCAUCAGUUGCUGAAGGUGGUUCUAUGCUGCAGCAUAAUUUAUCUUUUGGGAGUCGAUCUUCAUCUAGGGAAUUGGGAGUAUUUUCGAGUGCAGAUUCCAUUGUGAAGCUUGUGGAGGAAUCUGCUGCUUUGCGAAGGCGCUAUUCCCUAGAUGUGCAGAGCACUGUGCCAUUUUACAAUAUCUCUAGCUGGAAAAGCUCUUCUUUACUGCGUGAUUCUGCCUUUUUCUCAGGAUCUGAUUCAGGAAAAUUUUCUGAUGUGCGUUAUGCAGAGGAUAAACUAAUCUUUAAGUAUAAGACGACGUUUACUCCUUAUAACUGGGAGCCAUCUGUACCUUUUCGGUCCUCGUAUCUAUUUCCUCCUGGAAAAAGAUCAUCAGAUGUUCAAUAUGAUCCUUUUCGUGAUUGCAUUGAGCAACCUGAUGUUGGACGUGCGCGCUUUAGGCAUUCGUCUUAUGAUCAAACUCAAGAUGUUCAAAGCACGUCUGGAAGGAAUUCUCUUGAGUUGCAUAAAGGAUUACAGAUUGGUACUUGGGAUAAGAACUAUAAUGUCCAUGAUAAAGUUGCCCCUGUAGCUGAAGCAGAAUCUGCUGCAACUUCUGCCAGUGAUGCUCAAAAUAUGAACCUGACUGAAGAGGAGAAUCCUAUGGUUCCUGGCAGUGUCAAAGCUAUACUUAAAGCAAGUAGAAGUGUCAAUGAUAGUAAACAGAGUGACUUGGUGAGACAUGGAGACCGGAAGGUAGAGAAAGGCGAGCAACUCAAUGAAUUAGCAGAUGAAGAAUCUAAGGCAAUAAAGUAUUUUCGUGCAUCUCUUAUAGAAUUUGUGAAGGAGUUAAUGAAACCGAUAUGGCAUGAAGGUCGCCUGUCUAAGGAUGUAUAUAAAGUAAUAGUUCAAAAAGCCGAGGACAAGAUUUUGAGUACUUUACAGCCAAAUCAAGUUCCAAAUUCUUCAGAGUCCAUUAAGCAAUAUUUGUCUUCAUCUCAGCCUAAAAUUUUAAAGCUUAUUCAGGCUUAUGUUGACAAAUAUGGCAGAUUUUAGAAGCAAAAGAUGGUUCCUAGUUGCUGUACAGUUUUGUUAAUCGCUGAGAGUUAUAUAUGGCUCUCAUGGAGUUACAUAAUGUAACUCGAACCAUAAUUGUCUAAUUUAUGGUGUUAGUUUUUGUAUAGGGUAUCCUCUAGGAUUGCACAUUUAAUGGAUUAGACUUUCUUUGGUGCAAAAUGAUUAUGCCCCUCAUUAUUGGGUGUUAGCACUUUUUCAAUGACAUUUUUUGUUUCAUUAGAA